AUGGGAUCAUUAUUUUCAUCUUCAUCUUCACCAUCAUCGGAAUCAACUAUUGCUAAACACAUUCAAGAAUUGAUUCAUAAAUAUCCAGUGAUGGUUUUCUCCAAAUCUUAUUGUCCUUAUUCGAAGAAAGCCAAAGAUAUUUUAUCGAAUUAUAAAUUAGGAAAGAAUUAUCAUGUUCUUGAACUGGAUCAAUUGUCGUCAAGAGGAGAAACUUAUCAAAAUGAGUUGGGAAAAUUAACGGGUGCAAGAACUGUACCAAGAGUUUUUAUUAAAGGAAAAUGCAUUGGUGGCGGUGAUGAUACGAGUGCUUUGCAUAAACGGGGAGAGUUAGAAAAAUUAUUAAGAGAUGCAAAUGCUAUUGUUGAUUGA